UUCAUAUCGUUGUCCCUUUCUAAAACCCUACUACUGGUGUUUUUCUUCUUCUUAUACAGCCGCUAUUAUAUCACUAAAACCCUAAUAAUAAUAUCAAGAAUUGAAUGGCCGCUGCUAAGAUGAUGAUUCCGGCCACCACCACGGAAGCAGCAAUCGAUUCUCUCCUAAAAUGGAAGAAGAAGAGAGAAUCCGAUUCAGGAAAGGCACAGCUUUUACCCGAAGACGAUUCCAUUUACCUCAUCCUCACCCUCCAAAAAAUCCCCUCUCAAAAAAGAGUCAACCCUAACAAACUCCCUCUCCCACACCCCUUAUAUCCACCAUCAUCCGCCGCCGAAAUCUGUCUCAUCAUCGAUGACAGACCCUCCUCCAAUCUCACCUCCAAAUCCGCCAAACAGAAGAUCAGAGAUGAAGCCAUCCCUGUCACCAAAGUCAUCAAGCUCUCUAAGCUCAAAACCGACUACAAACCUUUUGAGUCCAAGAGAAAGCUUUGUGAUUCCUAUGACCUUUUCUUUGCUGACAAAAGGGUUAUACCCCUUUUGCCUAAGCUUUUGGGGAAACAGUUUUUCAAGAAAAAGAAGCUGCCUUUAGGUGUUGAUUUGACUCACAACAACUGGAAAGAGCAGAUUGAAAGGGGAUGUUCUUCUGGGCUUUUGUUUUUUAGGACUGGGACUUGUUGUGUCAUUCGAGUUGCAAAGGUUUCAAUGGAAAGAGACCAGAUUGUUGAGAAUGUGAGUGCUGCUGUUGAAGGAGCUAUUGAGUUAGUUCCCAAGAAACUGUUGGGGGUGAGGUCUCUUCAUUUGAAGUUUUCGGAUUCGGUUUCUUUGCCUUUGUAUCAGUCUUUGCCUGAUAUUAAGUUGAGGAUUGAAGGGGCGGUUAAAGAUCAACAAGUAGCAGGGAUGGAAGUUGGGUCGAACAAAAAGUCGAAAAAGGCUAGGAUUCAUCAAGUUGCUACUGAUGUUUUGGAUGAAGUCGAAAACGGUGAUUCGAGUUUGGUUGAAGAGAAACCGAGUGAGAAAACAAAAGAUGAUUUAGAUGAUGGUGGUUCUGGUAAGAAGAAAAGGAAGGGGAAUGUAGUUGAAGUGGAAAAUAAGAAAAAGUCAAAGAAGGUUGUUGAGGUUAAUCAUGAUUUAGAUGUAGAGCAAGUUGAGAACAAUGAACCCGAAAGUGUUGAAGAAGCCAAAGUGGGAAAGAAGAGUGUUAAAGAUAAGAAAAGGAAAGGGAAUGUAGUUGAAGAAGACAAUGUUAAAACAAAAUCGAGUGAAAAAAAACCAAAGAAGAAGGGUGAGAAACAGAUUGGAGACUCAACCGCCAAGAAAGAAAAGAGGAAAGGAAGGUCAGUUUCCAGAGUUUCAGGUUUCUAAAGUCUUGAUCAGUUGAACUUGAAGCAAGCUAAUUACAUCCAUAGCUUUAAGAUAUGCAUUUUUGUUAUGUUAAAUUUUGGUUUAUGUAGUUCUUUUUGUGGUUUUGGUACUAAUGCAAUGUUUCAUAUAAUGAGGAGAUGUUAGUUUGGGAAUUUGCAAUGGACAAGAUUGAUUAUUA